AUGGCGCCGAGUAAGCCGGCGAGCAAGCCAGCUAGGAAGCGCAAAGCCACGGCUGACAACACGGUGACCAAUGAUGGCCCUCCCGCCGAGAAAAAGCAGAAGAAAUCGCCGGCCAAAGCAAAGACACCUGCUGCUGCUGACCGUGACACCAAGCCAAAGAAACCACGUGCAAAGGCGGAGCCGAAGACGCCCAAGAAGACAUCCAAGAAGGCACCUGCCGCUACCACCACAGAAAGCUCUGAGGCCACAGGAUUCUACCAGAGCGGAACGAACGAUAGCGUAUCUCUUAUCGAAAAGAACUUGAAGAAGCUGUUCGAUCAGUACCGAGACAAUCCUGAGGAGUUGCCUGACAAGAUCGGCAUCGACGGUGCUCAGAACUAUCUGACCGCAAUCAAAGUGCAACUCGACGAACUCGCUCACCUGGCCAUCUGCGAGUUGCUGCAAUGUCCCUCGAUCGGCGAAUUCGACAGAGCCCCCUUCGUCGCAGGCUGGCGCAGCGUAUCAACCGCAAGCAAGCCCUACGACACCAUUGCUGCCCAGGAACAGUACGUCGACGUCAUCCGCAAGAGAAUGUCCACCGAUCGAGCAUACUUUAAACAAGUCUACCGCAACACCUUCAAACUCGCUAAACCUGAAGGUCAGAAGAGUGUCCCUAUGGAAUCGGCCGUCGACUUCUGGAACCUGUUCUUUCGCUCUGACAAUGGUGGCUUGGACUGGAAUACCUCGUCGACUAAGUGGUUGGACUUGUGGUGCGAGUUCUACCAGUCAAAGAUCAAGAGGCCCGUCAACAAGGACUUGUGGAACAUGGUUGGUGAGAUGGCCUUGAAGAUCAAGGAGCCAGAGGGAGAAACUCUGGCGUGGUGGAAUGAGGACGGUGCGUGGCCUAUGGCAAUCGACGACUUCAUCUCGAGCGUCAAGGACAAGAGAAAGCCGGCCGGCGGUGAUGCUAUGGAUACCACCUGA